GCGUGAAAAGCAACACACAUUGUGCGGUUGCCGUCAAAAAGAAACGAUUGCCGGAUUUCUUCACGCAUGGUUUACCGCGGAUACAGUUUUUUGCUGCCAGAGUCUGUUAGUGACAUAAGAAACAUUCAAGGACUUAGAAACAUACUGAAUUAUCAGAACGCCGCAGAAGUGUGUUAAUGCUGUGGCCGUCGAUAACUUUUGCUGCGGCUGAUGUGAAAUGACCUUUGUAGCCCAGAAGCGAACCAUCAGCCUAGUUGUGAAGACAGCUUACUUAACAUACAUAACUUGGUUGUGAAGAUAAGUAUCUGUUGUAGCUCUUGCUAAGUUAGACUGCGAGGGUAGUUGAGAGGCAAGAAACGUGCAAUGAAGUUUGUUGAUCUAGCGUGAGCCAACAAACUAUGUGGACGAUUCUUAUUUCUGCUUAACGCCCUACUUGAAGCAAGAUUGGUCAACAAAAAAGAAGGCACAGUUGGAAUAUUUCUGCGUUCGAUAAGCCAUUCUGCCCAUUACUGAAAAUUACAUGGGAUCAUAGUUUAUCUUCAAAUACAUCCAACUAUACAGUGUAUCUUAAAAACAAGAACUAAUAAAAUAAUUUCAUGACCAUAUUGGUUCCUUUCGAUGCAAAAUUAAUGAGAUUUGACUACUGAGAACCAGGAAGCAGAUAGACUUUUCUUGUUGUCCACUGUUAAUGCCGAAGAACAAAAUCCUGGUUGUAUGUGGGUUCACCAUGUAUAGAUGCAAAUUGCUCCACGGGAGAGAGACAAAGAAUUAGCAGGAAUGACUUCUUAUAUAGAAGCGUUUAUCAAAAAGCUUGAGUUUUGGGAAUUAAACUUAACCGAUGGUGAUACCAGGAUUUCAACGAAGUUGCCAUACUGGCGCAGUUUGUUGUUUCACCCCCCAUGGAAAUUGAUGUCCAACAGUUUGCAACUUCUGUUACGCAGAAUUUUAGCGAAGACACAGAAAUGGAAGUAA